AUGUUAAGAAAUUUAAGGGGUUUCCAAAGAUUUUCUAAUAGAUUUUUAGUAAACUAUUUACCAAGUCGAUUAUUACUGUCGCAUGCGGGCAAAUUAUCCCCAUUUCAAAGACAAACGGAUUUUUCGCACAAAUGCUUGUUCCAUUGCAGUAGCAAUUUACACAACGAUUCCAAAGUGCCAAUUUCAAAGUCUGCGGAAAACGUAGAGCAACCAAAGCCUGCAUAUCAUAUCACCUUUACUUGUACUGUCUGUAAUCAUCGUUCUGGUCAUAAAAUGUCGAAACAGGCGUAUCACAAUGGCACCGUUUUUGUUCAAUGUCCCCAUUGCAAAAACCGACACCUCAUGGCAGACCAUCUCAAAAUCUUCAAUGACAAACGAGUCACGAUUGAGGAUAUCCUUUCAAAUAAAGGUGAGGUCUUGAAGAAGGGAUUUGGCCAAAUAGUCGAUGGGAAUGUGGUUGAAAUUGAACCUGAAAAUUUGAGAAUCAAAACAGAUAUAAAAGCUCCUUCCCCUGAUACAUCUGCUUAUAGUAAGAAUGAUUAA